AUGGCGGCGGGCGCACGGCGGCGGCAGCUCCCGGCCUGGAUGGGGGCGGCAGGGGACGAGCGGGCGGCGGCGGCGCCGUCCCCCGAGGCCGGGCGGCGGCGGGGCGCAGGUAGCGCCGCUGGGGCGGGGGAGCGGCUGGGGCGGCGGGCGGGCGGGAGAGCCCGGGCGCUGCCCGCGCUGAGCGUCCCCUGUGCGUUGCCCACGCCGGCGGCGCUGUACUGCAUGAACGAGGCGGAGCUGGUGGAGGUGGCCCUGGCGGUCCUGGCCGAGAGCAAAGAAGGUGAAGAGAAGGGCCGGUCCAGGAGUGAAAAGGACCAGGAGCUCCCGGCAACACCAGACGAGGCUCCUGGAAGCACGGCCAACACGGAUGGAGGCAGUGACCACAGUCUGGCACUUCCAUCCCCUCCUGGUCCUGGUGCUGACGCUGAGAGGACAGGCGAGGAGGACUCUGAGGACGAUGUCCUGAAAUACGUCAGGGAGAUAUUUUUCAGCUAACAUCUCCUCUCUGACUCCCCAGGAGCAGAGGGCACAAUGGGGAGGGUGUCUCUUCCCACGGCCCGGAAAACGGUGGGAGGAGGGCCUGGAGGGGGCUGUGCAUCCAUCUACUGUGUUGGCCCUGUUUAGCUGGUAGGAUACCCAUGAAGGCCAGAGGGGGAAAGAGGAGGUACUCACUUCUCCCACUCUGCUAGGAUUUGGCUCCAGAUUCGGAUGUGUUCGUUUCUGUUUCACAUCUCAGAGCAUAGACAGAUUAAAGAGGACAUUCGGGUUUC